GCUCUUAUUAAUAAUUUCGAAUUAAAGAAGUUAGUUAAAGAAAUAUCCAAAGUAAAUAAAAUUAAAAUUAUUAAAACGAAAGUAUUCCGGAAGAAGUACGGGAGCGAAAAGGGUUUUUUCUUUUUAAAAAUUACUAUUAUAAACGAUAAGGUUUAUUUUAUUAAAGACUCCUUCCUUUAA